AUGUGGCCGAACAGCCUCGGCGGUACUUCCGGCUGCAGCGGGGGCGCCGGCGCCACCGAUAUCGGGGGCCUCGCCGCCUCCACCACCUCGGCCUCCGAGCUUUUCGGGCCCGCCGCGUUCGGCGCGUCCGCGGCCGGUCCGUACGGUGCCCUGAAGACCAACCCUUACGUUAGUGCCCUCGGUAUGCCGCCGAUAGAAGCCCUGCACUCCACCAUCGGCUAUCCCGGUUGCACUCCCGCCGGUAAUCCUCGCAAGCAACGCAGGGAGAGAACGACGUUCACGCGUGCACAGUUGGAUAUACUCGAGGGGCUUUUCUCCAAGACGAAAUAUCCGGAUAUUUUCAUGCGUGAAGAAGUGGCGAUGAAAAUCAACCUUCCGGAAUCGAGAGUGCAGGUCUGGUUUAAAAACCGUAGAGCCAAGUGCAGGCAACAGCAGAAACAACAGCAACAACAACAGGACAAAACACCGAGGUCGAAGAAACCGUCGGGGAAUCCGACCAACAAUCCACCCUCUGGAAAAAGUCCUUCGAUUGCUACCACGCUCACGCCAGCCGCUUCGGUGCCAGCCACAACACCCCUAAGCGGAGGUACAGGUGGAUCGGCAGCCAGUUCACCAGCCCUUCUAAGAGAUUCCCCUCAGUAUAAACCACCGGGAAGUGCGAGCAGUUUACUACUAGCGGCAAGCACGACCCCGCCAAGUUUAGGGGGAACGGUGUACAGUAGCGGUGGCAGCAGCAGUAGCAUUUGGAGCCCGGCUGUUACGGAAAGCGGAGGUGGAUUUCCGGGUGACCAUCAGAGGUUAGCAUGGACAACCACCACCUCCCAGCAGCAAUGCUACCAAAAUUAUUCCUCUUACUACACCAACAUGGAUUACCUCUCACCGGCGACACAUCAAUUGAACGUUGUUGACGGAGGAGGAAGCGGCUUGGACAAUACAUGGAGUAAAACGAGAGACGAGAGCGCUUCGUCUUGGUUUUAUAACAGUGCCGGGUGGGGCGAUCGAAAGUGA